AUGGCCUCGGGCUCCAUGCGCAGCGCAGUUAAGGUGUCUAAUGACGUCGAAGAACGCCUCAUCGGACAUAUCAAGCGAACGCUCCAGCUCCCCAUAUCCGAGCCGCUGGAUGGAUCCACUUCCCUGUCCAGGCUGGGUAUAGAUGCAUUGAGUGCAAAAGAGAUCCGACGUUGGGCUUUGGGCCAGCUGCAUGUUGACGUAUCCGUUGUAGAUAUCGUAGCAGAGCACGUCCAGCAUGUAGUCCCUCCCGAAGAGCGCCACGCGGCGACUAUUUCUGAAUCUGACAAAUUUUCCGAAUGUUUCAAGUCUGAAACGGAAGAGCUGAACAUCAUAGCCUCUGCUCCCAGAUUUCGGCGCACGGAAGGAAUUUCAUUCACUCAAACUCGACUGUGGUUCGCUGGCCAAUACAUGGGAGAUCCCGUACAAUACAACAUCGGAAUGUUGCACAAGAUCCACGGGCCCUUCUCGGCAAAGCGAUUAGAGAAAACGCUGUUUGAGACAUUCGCACUCCACGAAAUAAUGCGAACAGCAUUCCUUCAGGAUAAAAGCACCGGGGAGCUUCAACUAGAGCUCCUCAGUGAUGCCCGCCCAGGAUUCCAGCGUAUCCAUGACCAGAGCGCCCAGCAGUCACUCGGAGACACGAAGAGGACCUGGCACAUAUAUGGAAAUUGGACCAGGGCGAAACGCUUUGGGUGA